AUGGAUUCAUGUAACCCAAAUAACCCAGCAGUAAAAAGAAUCCUAAGGGAGAUACAAGAACUUAGAAAUGAUACAAAUCCAGAUUACAAAGCAUUUCCUUUAGAGGACAAUAUAUUUGAGUGGCAUUUUACAAUAAGAGGACCACAAGAUUCAGAUUUUAAUGGUGGUAUUUACCAUGGUAGAAUUAUUUUACCAUCUGAAUAUCCAUUCAAACCACCAAAUAUUGUAUUAUUGACACCAAAUGGUAGAUUUGAAACCAAUGUAAAGAUUUGUUUAACUGUAUCAGCACACCAUCCAGAACAUUGGCAACCAUCUUGGAGUAUUAGAACAGUUUUAGUUGCAUUAAUUGGAUUUAUGCCAACAGAAGGAAAAGGUGCAAUUGGUGCUAUUGAUUUACCAACAAAAGAUAGAAAGGAAUUAGCAUUAAAAUCAUUAGAUUGGAAAUGUACAAGAUGUGGUUCACAUAAUCGUUUUGCUUUGGGUCAACCAGUUAAUAGUAAUAAUAAUAAUAAUAAUACAACCACCACUACAACAACAACUACAACAACAACAGCAGCAACAGAAACCACAGUUACAGCUAUUACUAAUACCUCAACAAAUACUACUACUACUACUAAUAAUAAUAAUAAUAAUGAUAACAAUAAUAAUAAUGAUAAUGAUAGUGGUGAUAUUAAAAAUGAAGAUCAAGAUUACAAUGAAAAACUACAAGAGGAAGAAACUAAACAAAAUACAGAAACUUAUUAUGAAGAGGAAGAAAUAGUCAAUAACAACAAUGAACAAGAUAAUGAAGAUAAUGAACCAAUAGAAGAUAUGGUAAUGAAAUCACUUGAUAAUUUACCAACACAAAAUAUUUCAAUUGGUGCUUCUGGUGGCAGUGGAGCAUCAAUACAAUUAAAUACACCAACAAUUGGUGUUAUCACUGAAAAUAAUAAAAAUAGUAACAACAACAACAACAACAACAACAACAACAGCAAUAAUAACAAUAAAAAUGACAAUAUAGCGCAAAAUAAUUCUCAAACACCCUCCGCCACACAAAAACCAACAACUACUUUACAAAACCCACAACAACCACCACAACUACAACAACAACCAAUAAUUCAACAACAAAGAACAAUUUUAAACCCAUCCACCAUUCAAAUUGAUAGAAUGAUUGUAAUUUUAUUUACCCUUCUUGUGGCACUUGCCAUAAAGAGAUUAUUUUCCUAA